ACGGUCAAGAAUGUCGCCGAGUAAAACAGCGUACAAUCUCUCCGUAAUGUUUGCUAUUCGAGCGCGUGCUGCACGGCAGCCGUCAAACUGUCUCGCCUGUUGCCCAGAAGGGCAGUUUUUUUUCUUCCUCGUUUCCAUAAUCAAGCUUUGUGGAGCCGCACCCGUCCCUUGCCGUUUUCCACGUCUGACGAAUGGGAAUGGAAUGAUGCGACGAUAGCCUGGAACUUGAGCUCAAUGCCGUCAUCGGUAGCCGCUAUCCGACCAGGAGCACGCGUUUCUCAUGUCUUCGCCGCUGCAUAGUGGAGUUUUUUUUUUCCACAAUGUCCCUCCAGUUUCGAUGUACAUCUUGACCCAACAUAUAAAGAGCUUGGGCACUUCGAUACCAUGAUUCCCCCCGUAUUUUUUCCUGCCUUCGUUUAGCUUGGGUGCAAAAACUGCAAAUUAUGCCAUCAUCAACGUCAGACGAGCGGUCCGUGGCCUCGAGCACAGAGACCAAGGAUCUUGAGAAGGAGGCCGACAAGCCAGAGACUCGCACCGACCACGAUAGAAUGCCAAAUGAACAACUCGCAGAAUGCAAGUCGCACCCGGCCGACGCGUCGGAUCGCAUUCUCGUCGGAUGGGACGAAAACGACCCAGAGAACCCUUACAACUUCCCAGACUGGCAGAAGUGGUUCAUCACAGGCCAGUUGGGCCUACUCGCCCUCGCCGCCUCGUUGGGCUCCUCCAUCACGGCGCCCGCAAAUGGUGUCAUUGCGCAGCAUUUCGGCGUAAGUCGAGAGGUCUCCGUCUUGACCAUCUCUCUUUUCGUGCUUGGCUUCGCUUUCGGGCCGUGCAUCUGGGCACCCGUGUCGGAGAUCUGGGGCCGCAAGUGGAGCAUGUUGCCAGCGCUGUGCGGCCUGGCCCUCUUCAGUAUUGCGUGCGCCGUGGCGCAGAACGCAGCGACUAUAUUUGUCUGCAGAUUCUUUUCCGGGCUGUUCGGCUCGGCCGCCGUCGCGAACGUGUCCGCAGCGUUGGGCGACAUCUGGGUGCCGAAGCAGCGAGGCACCGCGGUUGUAUUGUAUGCAGUGGCAGUCGUGGGCGGUCCGACCUUGGGACCAACGAUCGGAGCAGCGAUUGUGGUCAACCCACAUAUGGGCUGGAGAUGGACAGAAUACAUUCUCGCCAUCGUUACCUUUGCUUCUACAGGCUUUUGUUACUUCUUCCUGCCGGAAGUCUACCAGCCUUAUCUACUCAAACGACGGGCCCAGCGCCUGAGGAAACAAAUGGGUGACCAGCGAUACUAUCAUCCACACGAAGAUGUGAAGAUCGACGUCAAAUCCAUCGUUAUCAAGCAUUUUGGACGUCCGAUUCGAAUGUUGUUGACAGAACCCAUGGUCACAGCGAUUGCCGUGUAUGCUUCUUUCGUCUUCGCUCUUCUCUACAUGACCUUGGAAUUCUUCAGCAUAGUCUACAACGAAGAUCGAGGUUGGCCACUUGUUACGUCUACACUGCCAUUCAUCGGUCUUUUCGUCGGUGUGCUUUCGGCAGUGUUUGUGAAUCUGGCAAAUCUACCUCGGUAUCGACGCGCGGUUGAAGCUAAUGGUGGUAAAGCUGUGCCGGAGGCUCGACUCCCUCCGAUGAUAUUCGGUGCGAUCAUCUUCGCCACCGGACUGUUUCUUUUUGGCUGGACUAGUAAACCAUCUAUCAACUGGGUGCCGUCGGUGAUAGCAGCUGGCUUCAUCGGAGCCGGGUUCAACAUCAUAUUCCAGCAGUGCAUUAACUUUCUCGUCGACACUUACUCCUUGUAUGCGGCAAGUGCCGUGGCAGCAAACACGUUCUUGAGAUCCAUCAUGGCGGCUGGGCUGCCCUUGGCUGCCAGACCGAUGUUCAGCAACCUGGGAGUCGGGCCAGCUUGCAGCAUACUGGGAGGAAUAGCCGCAGCUGCAAUUCCCGUACCAUUUAUCUUCAUUCGCUACGGCGCAAAACUGCGGGCGAGGAGCAAGUUUGCUCCAACGAAUAGGUGAUAUUGACGGCCAUGGAGGAUGGCUGAAAGCAUGUAAAAAUUUCCGUAGAGAAUACAUUAUCGAUUUAGCCAGACUUUAGCCAGCACGUAACGAUUGAGUCUGCAUUUCG